UUAGUGCCACUUUCGCUGCUAAUUUGACUGACAUUGCUCACUUUUUUUAGCACAGGUUCUCCAGAGUUCCGCUAAGUCCUGCUGACUCUAGUCGGUUAUCUUUUGUCCUCAGCGCUUAGUGCAAUCAUCCCGGCCUGAACUCCAUCUACGGUCCCCAUAUCCCACCCCUCGUCUCCCACCCAGCACUACGCUCACCCCGAUUCUCCUUUCCAUUAUGCGAUAUUGCACCAUCAUGCCUGGAAGUUGGGAAGGCCAAUAUAUCAGACUUGAAGGCGCUCUAUCUACAGUCAUCAGCGCAAAAAAUCUCAUCGCCCCCUUCUGGCACAUCCCUAGCAUUUACGUAUCAAUCAACGUCGAUUCCAGGAGACGCUGGAAAUCAGCCAUCAGUGUCUUAUCAUCCGAUAAAUCUGCAGCGUGGGGAGAAAUUAUGAUCCUUUCAUUACAGGCGUUACCUGCAUUCUCCGUGGAGAUCAGAGCAUCCUAUGAGGUCGAUCAAAUGCUGGGCAAUGGUGAACUCGUUGGGAAACUCGAAGCAUCGUGGGAUGAGCUGCUCGAUCAUGUAGAUGAACCAUUCGAGCUGUCCUUUCCACCCGUUGAUGGUGUCCACCCUUCCCUCACGUUGAAGGCCGUUGUUGUGCAUGCUUGUGACAAUCAGGAUGGUCACGCGCAACUCGCUAAAUACAUGACACUCAAGACGGUCUCCCACCUGAACGAUGCUGUAGAGCAUUAUCAGUCUGUUCUUGACCAGUGUCCAGUCGACCAUCCUGACCGCGCAGCGGCUCUCACCAACCUCGCGUGGGCCCACCUUGUAGGUUAUGGUCGAACGGAUCAUGAAGACAUUGAUACCACCACUUCUCUCUUCCGCGAAGCCCUUGCAUUGCAUCCGCAGGGUCACCCCGAUCACACGAUAUCACUCUUUCAUCUCAUUUUCACAUUGAACUUGCGCCACAGCAAGGAGCAAUCCGCUGUCUACAUUCAGGAAUCCACACCACUAUGCUGCAAGCUACUGCCACUCUGUCCAGAGGGCACCUACCUUCGUAGCAGCUUCGUAGACAUCGCAGUCAAUUAUCUGAUCGCACAAUGCAACAAUUUCCCAAAGGAUGCAUCUAAUGAAGGCAUCCACCUUCUACGAAUGGUGCUCGAGCUCUGUCCUCUGGGCCAUAAAUACCGUCCCAUUGCCCUCAGCAAUCUUGCGCUCGCACUCAAAUUACGCUUUCAUGCAAGUGGCAUCAUUGAUGAUAUGGACGAGAGCGUACAACUUUUUCGUGAAGCUCUUUCUCUGUGUCCCGAGGGCCAUACUGGUCGUGGUGGCUGUCUGAAUAACUUGGCAUUCACUCUCCAGUACCGCUUCGAAAACCAAGACAAAUAUGAUGACCUCGACGAGGCCAUGUCUUUGAAUGAAGAAGCGCUGCGCCUGCGCCCUGUUGGGCACGAAUCUCGCGAUGAGUCAUUGGACAACCUAGGGAACGCCCUUCUCACCCGUUUCUUCAAACACCAUAACAUCAAUGACAUCAAUCGAGCCAUCACCCUCCAUCGCGAAGCGCUGACAUUAAACCCACCUGGGCAUCCAUCCCGUGAUAAUACGCUUAACAACCUUGCCCUUGCACUCCAAAAAAGAUAUGACAAAUCUCAUGUCAGCGAGGAUCUUGACGAGGCCAUUGAGAUGUAUCGUGAAUCCCUUCGGGUAAGGCGGCCCGAUCAUCCCGAGCGCCAUAGAAAUCUUCUAAAUUUGAGCUCGGCGAUCUGCUCUCGGUUCAUACAAACUCAGAAGAAUGAAGAAUUUGAGGAGACCAUUCGACUCUGCCAAGAAUCAUUGGCAUCAUUACCCUCACUGCACCCGGAUAAAUCCUUGAGCUUCAUGUGGCUGCAGGUGGCCUAUCUGGCUCGUCACAAGAUGCAAGACAACCCUGCUGAUUUGUCACUCGCAGUGGAGAACUUCAGACUGGGAUCACGACACCCCACUCAAGGACUCCCAGAUCGUAUCAAACAGGUAUAUAAUUGGACUGUCGCAGCGGAGCAGUAUGGUCAUGGAUCUGCACUGGAGGCUUACUCAACACAUUUCGAGCUUCUAGAUGCUCAUGUGGCAACACGGUUAUCGACAACUUCACGGCGCGAAGCUCAGGCUGCCUUCAAAAAUGCCAGAACACUCCCUGUAGAUGCAGCAUCGUGUGCCAUACGCCGUAAUGAUAUACGACGCGCAGUCGAACUCGUGGAGCAGGGUCGUGGCCAACAGUGGUCGUUGGCCUCUCGCCUGAGGACUCCACUUCAUGACCUAGAGUUCACGAAUCCCGAACUGGCUCGCGAGUUCUCAGAGCUAAGCAAACGUCUUUCCGACGCUCAGGGUUCCACAGGCACCAUAGACAGAGCUGUUGCUGAUCGGGCAGAAAUACAGUACAGGAGAAUUACGACUCAAUGGGAAGCUGUAGUAGCUGAAAUCCGUGAUCUUCAAGGUUUCUCGCGAUUCCUACUCCCGCCCUCGUAUAAAGACCUGCAAGCGGCAGCAUGCCAGGGCCCAGUUAUCAUCCUCAUUGGGAGUAAAUCCUCAUGCAGCGCCAUUGUUGUCCCGACGUCAGGGGAGCCUCACCAUGUUCGCUUCCCACGCAUCACUCUCACAGAGCUGGAGCAGCUCAAGGACGAUUUCGCUACGGCAAUCCGGCACACAGUUCGUAUGCCCCCAACGGAGCCAAGGAAGAAGUUGCGAAGACUCUUGCGGAUAGUAUGGGACGAGAUCAUGCUCCCCAUUGUUAAUGUCCUUCAGCAUGACCUGAAAUUGCAGCACGGUUCUCGAAUAUGGUUGUGUCCGACAGCAGCCUUUACGUCCAUCCCCCUCCAUGCAGCUAACCCCUUUCGGCCGAAGGCAGAUCGCUCAGGGCCGGAGUCAUGCCUGGAGGAUAUAUUCAUCUGUUCUUACACGCCGACACUUUCGGCUCUGAUCAGGUCUCGACAGACGAUGGAGACCUGCGUCACUCAGACCUUCGCAGCGAUCGGACAAGGUGAACCGGGCGCAGGGCAAGGCAGUGUGCUCCCCGCUGUCAACAGCGAACUUAAGCUUGUACAAAAACUGAUUCCUCCCAACGUCAAGUUCACUAAGCUUUCAAAAGGCGAAGCCACACAAGCAGGUGCACUCAAUAUUUUGCGACAUAACACCUGGGUACACCUCGCUUGUCACGGCACGCAGGACCUCGAGCAGCCUUAUAACUCACGUUUCGCCAUGAGAGACAAACCCCUCACGCUACUCGACAUCAUAGAGAACAAUUCUCCGCAAGCUGAAUUCGCAUUCUUAUCGGCGUGUCAUACCGCCGUCGGUGAUGAGGAAACGCCUGACGAAGCCAUCCACCUCGCAGCUGGACUCCAGUUUUCCGGUUUCAAGAGCGUCGUAGGCACGCUGUGGGGGGUCAAUGACGCUCUCGCAAAACACGUUGUCAAAAACUUCUACGAGAAUAUGUUCGAGGGUUUGGAGGAUGAAGGUGUCAUGGACUGCACGAAGGCGGCAUGGGCACUCAACCGUGCUACGCACGAUGUGAUGACGAAAGUGCCGCUUGAACAGAGGACAGUUUUCAUUCAUAUCGGUGUAUAGGCCCUUCCUGCUGUAUUUUUUUUCAUCCUAUACGGU